UGUUAUCUAGGGUAUAUAUGACGCUUAACGCUUAACGCUUGACGCUUGACGCCUGAACGCUUGAACGCUUGAUAAAUGUUCCCACUUUCGGAUUUUGUUUCACAGUUUCACAAGUCGAGGGGGGCUCCAACAUAUUUCAGAUUUCCCCUGCGCACUGAUGGUUGUCUGUUUUAUCUGUUUUGCCUUUACUGACAACGUUGUCGCACUACCUAGCUCCGUCCCAGACGCUGCCGGAACACUUCCACGAUCAGUUAAAGUACUCUGCGCGACCAUCCCCUCCGCGACUUAAUACUCACGACGACAACGCCCAUGAUGACGAAGACGAUAAUGGCGGCUGGGAUAAUACUCUUAGACCUGUAGCCCUCGAUUCUUCUGCUUCUCGAGCCAUUGCGCAUUCGCGUGAGUCUUCGCUUGAGAAAUUACAGUCGGGUGCACUCGCUGGCAUCCCUGAAUCGCCCCAAUCAGCAUCGUCCCCCACUACAUCCCCUGGCCUGCGUGCGGCCGCGUCGCGUUCCGGCCCAGGCGGCAUAUUCGAGCGUCUCGUUGACCCGAAGGCUGCAUCGUACGGACACCAUCGUCAGACUUCUAUUGUUCAUGGCAUCCAACAUUCGAGGAAUGGGAGUCUCGCAAGCUCGUCUUCGAGUCCUCUCAGUCCGCAAAUGAUAGCAGCCGCAGGUGCUGGGCUUCUACCAGAACGGUCAGACAUGUCAACUAUGAACCGCUUAGAUUCGGAAAUGUCAACAGCCUCGAUACCUACGAUGGCCUCACGGCCGACGACUGCCCUGUCGGGCACUACCGCCAGCGUAUCCAUCCACUCAGAAAGAACACAAUCCAGCCAGGAGAAUAAUAUUGGAGGUACUAUUACUCAGAAGAAGCUCGAGCGGAAGCAUAGCAAAACCCGGCGCGAUCAUACACAUCACCACUCGCAUUCGUCGAGACACCACAGGGAUGAACCGAAGACUGUGGGCGAAUAUGCCAUGCAUGUAUUAUUCACAUCAUUUAUUGCUAUGGCCGAAGACAAACUACAGGAAUGUAUCACAGUGCCUUUCGACCCCGAACCACCAAUUGAGCAGAUAUGCGGUCCCGGAGCUGACCCGGCGUUUGACCGCUUUAUUGAAGCUCUUGGGCAUAUUGCAAGCCAGAAACCAAGACCACUAAUCGAUUCUAUAAUGCUCUGGCGGAAACAUAAAAGUGAAGCAGCCAACGAGGCACGUAGUCUACUUCAUCAGAUGAAAUCGAACCUCCCCGCGGCGUCUCUUGUCAGGCGUAAUACAGAGCCGUUGCAACUCAUUACCGGGAAUCCUGGGGAUGGGACGUCCAACGUGCCGCACGCCCUCGCGGAGAAGCAGAAUGAAGCAGCCCAUGCCGAGCGUCGAUCUAUUGUCUCUAUUUUUAUAUUGUGCCGGGUCCUCCUGGAAGUCAUCACCCAGAGCAGCCUCAGUUCCAUUACUCCCGAGAUGGAGGAUAAGCUUGAAGCUAUUAUAUUCGGCCAGCUAAAGAUUGCUGAUAUAGAGCAACUAUACAUAUCCCCCCUCAAGCUGGCCAACUGGAACCUUUUCGCCCAGUUGCUUGGUGCCAUGAGCGUGAUCAAUUUUACCAGCGUUACGGAUCGAUUUAUUAACGAUCUCGACCGGACCCUCCAGGAACUUACCGUAAGGAAUUCGACGUCUCAGAAUAGGGACCCCGAGGGCCAAGUGGAGUUGGUGCUAGGGGGUAUGAAGCACUUACAUAUAAAGAUUGAUACCGACGAAAGCUGGGAUCAAGCCUGCGACUUUCUUGUGUCCCUAGCUAAACUGUUUGCCCGAUCCCACGGCCAGAAGGUGAAGGCGGCGUUUUGCCAGAUAUUAGAUACACUGCUCCUCCCUAUCGCAGCUAAGGCUACUAACAAGCAUUUCUCUUACCUGAAGUGGUCCGAAGUGCUCAGCAAUAUUAGCCCUCGUCUGGCAACCAUGUUUGUAAAGCCGCGCCAUUGGCAGUCUGCUUUCCCGUUGACAGCAACGAUGCUCUGCGUGUCAUCUCCGGAGAAUCUGAGUAACCAAUGGUUGCAACUGAUUCGAACAGUCCAGCCGAGACUCAAAGAUCGCAAUAUGCGUCCUGUGUGCCUGCAAGUUAUCUCACGGUUAGUAUGGGCUUAUCUAUAUCGAACUACUAAUACUAUUGCCGGAGCUGGGCGAAAACUAGACGAAGUAAUGCAACUCGUCUUGCCUGCUACCAAGCGUACAUUUUCGGCCGCGGAUACGGCUUCCACAGGGCCAUUGAUACAACUUAUUAGAAUCAUUGGCUUUAAAUACCCAGAAUAUUGUUGCGAUACCAUUAUCUUUCCUUUAAUAAAUGCCGACCUUAUUCAGAAUAAGGACCUCAAAGUUGAACAGCUAGAGCCGGACAAGAUAGUCAUCGGGAUCAGGGCAUUUCUCGCAGUCAUGUCCGACUUAGAAAAGGGUGAACGACCUCCAUUUCCUCAGCAAUAUCCUCUCCCAUCUGCUUCCGAUCGGGCACCUCCGAGUUCACCAGCAUCGGCCUCAACUUCCAGCAUGGUGCCCGCAAGUCCGCUCACAUAUGAUCGCGACGAAUCACUAUCGCAACCCGUGCAAGUCGGAUCAUUGAGCGACGGCGCAAAAACCCGCUAUAAACAAUUCUCGGAAGUUCUCGGUAAAAUUACCAUCAUCUGCGACAAUACCUUCGGAGGCCAGGCUGCGCUUGAUGAGAAGUUCAGUAGCCCAACAGGACCGAAGACGCCCAUCUCCGAGACUUUCAACUUUUCACGACGCGAUGACCAUCCAAGUCCUGCUGAUCAAAAGCAAGCUUUCUACGAACUUCUCCAUGUUGCCGUGCAGGCCCUGCCUCGUUGUCUCCCUGCUGAUAUACCUUUUAAUUCACUGAUUAAUCUUCUCUGUACGGGCACGGCACACGUUCAGCAUAAUAUUGCUGAAUCUUCUGCCCAAUCUCUCAAAUCUAUUGCCCGGCAAUCAUAUGCACACCAAGUCACGGUAGGAUUUGCUCGGUUUAUCUUCAAUUUUGAUGACCGCUACUCUACGAUGUCUGAUGGGGGGAUGCUUGGUCCUGGUCAUAUCGAGAGCACUUUACGGCUCUACGUCGAGUUGCUACAAAUAUGGAGGGACGAGAUACGUCAGAAAACUAAAGAUGCCGCAUCUGAUAUUGGAGACCCUAAUGGUACCGAUAAGCGGGGAAUGAAACUAGAUUUAUCUAGCAUCUGGGCCGAAGUCGAACACGUAGAGGCCCGCGGUUUGUUCUUCCUGUGCUCGCAAUCGCGUAGGGUACGGCACUUUGCGAUCACGGUCCUCCGGCUGAUCGUCGAGUUCGAUGCCGCCCUGGGCAAAGACAGUACGCAAGAGAAAGACACAGUUCGGCUCAUUGAUAUCCUAGAAAAUGAUUCGGUGCAAGUGAUGAAUUUCAAGGACGAACAUCUAUCUGUAGCAGAACGAAGCCGACUUCAAAGAGGCAUGCAGAACAGCAACAACAAAGGGGCCCUAAUUGAGCUCUGCACCAGCGACGUUUCAUAUGACACAACUCUCUGGUUUAAGAUUUUCCCUAAUUUCAUACGGAUUGCUUAUGAUCGAUGUCCCUUUACUGUGACUAUCGGCCGGGAUCUAGUGUGCAACCGAAUUCUACAGAUGUACAAGGGUAUAGUUGUUCUGUCAGAACCAACUCGGGGUCUCUAUUAUGGAUCCGACCCCGGAAGUGCUAGAUACACGGGAAGGACGCCGACGACGCAGCCUGACGUGCUUGUUGAACAAUGGAAACUGUACUUGACUUUUGCCUGUACCACUUUGACCGAGGCUGGUACUACUAUAAAUGGCACGUCGCAAAGUAGCCCACAUGCGCGGAAAGUAUCCAAAACCGCCGACAAGAUUGUAUCGGCUAGGACGCUCUUCAAAUUCUUGAUACCGUUGCUCUUAGCUUCUUCGGCUUCCGUUCGUGAAGCUGUCGUGCUUGCUAUGGGCUCGAUCAAUAUUAACAUAUAUCGAACGUUACUCGAGGAGCUACAGGGACAAGUAUCCCGAUGUAACGACGAAGCACGCGCCCGGAUACACCAGCGAACCAAUAGUGGCCCGCGUAGAAAUCGGAAAACAGACCUGUUGCGGACAGAGAUCACUUACGUAUAUAAGUUGACUUGCCACUUUUUAAAGGAGCCCGAGGUUUACCAAGAUGAUUGGAUCCUCAGCAAUCUUUGUACGUACACGAAGGACCUGAAGCUCUUCCUCAUGGAUGGCGAGGUUCAGAUGGAUUGGGAAUUUCAAAAGCUGAGGCGCCAUUACUGCGGCCUUGUCGAGGGGCUUUUCGAGGGAGUAAACCGUACGAAAGACCCGUCUCGUUGGAUGACGUUUGAGUCGCGGAAGUCUUCUUUCACCCUGAUGGAAGACUGGUGUGGGUUCUCACCAAACCAGAUGCAGAUCCGCCAAAGGGAAGAUACGAUGCGACAGUCAUUGAUUGACCAGCAAUCUCUUGGCGAAAGAGGCACUAUUACUGCAGCUAUGGAAAUAGAGAAGAGAAAUUUAAAGACGGCAGCUCUGAGCGCUAUGGCGAGCCUUUGUGCUGGUCCAGUCAGUGUAACCACUGAGAGCGGUGCUACACUUCAUUUCGACAUGAGACGGAUGCUGAACUGGGUGGAAUCGAUUUUCAGCUCCGGAAGUGACCGGGUCAAUGUUAUAGGGAGAAGAGCCAUAAAGAACCUGAUCGUUUAUAACCAGGACCAUCCCUACCUCUUGGAGCACUGCAUCGCGCGGUGCUACCUCACAGAAGUGCCGAAGGUGCUUGAAAGUUAUUUCACCGUGAUUACUGAGGUAUUACUAGAACAUCUCGAUUACCCGUCGCCAUUCUGGAAAUUGUUAGGAUUGUGUUUGUUUACCCUAGGAAGCGACCAAAGCGAUAUCCGAUCCAAGUCAGCACACGUUCUCAGGGCCCUCGGGGAGAGGCAGCAAGCCGCCCAGAACUCCAAGAUCCGAGACUUCGAGAUCAGCAUCGCGGAUAAGACUAAGGCUGUCUACAAGUUAGCUCAGUUUGAGAUUUCCAAACGUCUCGCAAAGCAACAUCCCGAACUCGCAUUUCAUAUCUUUUCCGAGGUUACACUUUAUUUCAAGAAUCUCCCCCCAGGUGCGCAGCGAAAUGUCGUAGCCGUCAUCCUGCCCUGGAUUCAGACUAUUGAAUUAAAGGUCGAUCCAAAUGGAGGGCCCACGGCUCAAUCUUACGUACUCCUUGCCAAUCUACUUGAAGUCACCAUCAAGUCCAGCGCCGCACUUCAUAACGAGGUGCAGGCGCUCUGGCAAGCACUCGCCACCGGUCCAUUUCCUGGGAACGUCCGGCUUGUGCUUGAUUUCAUUAUUUCUCUCUGCUUGGAACGGAGAGAGCAAAACUUCGUCGAGUACGCCAAACAAAUAGUAGUGUUCCUAUCAAGCACUCCUAGCACGCCGGGCAUUAAAGUGGUAGAGUUUCUGCUGAUGCAGAUCACUCCUAAAGCCAUGGUCCCCAACGAAAAGAGAGAUGUUGUCCCGUCACCUCCUGAUCUCAGCCAACUACAAUUGCCUUAUUGCGCCGAUUUGUCAGAAGCCUUGCCCGUCGGAACUAAGCAGGCAGGCUUUUCGUUGGGACAAUUAUCCCUAAUACUCUUGGUUGAUUUGAUGGUGUCACCUGUGCAACUUAAUACCGAUAAUCUAAUAGUCUUAUUACAAGUCAUCACGGUACUUUGGGAUCACUACACGCCUCUCGUUCAAGAACAAGCCCGGGAAAUGUUAGUUCACUUGAUCCACGAGCUUGUUGUCUCAAAAAUGGAUGAGGGUACUCCCAUGGAAACAAAAAAGUCGGUCGAGGACGUGGUUGAUGCAAUUCGACGCCACGACCGUGCUGUUGUCUGGGGUUACGAAGAAAGCAACGGCAAAGUUGACGGCCGUGAUAACAAGGUACCUCAGAGUAUGGAACAUCUGACCGCGGAAGUUGUCAAGACGUUUGAAAUCACUUUCCCAGGAAUCAAGGAACAGUGGAGUCGUCUAUCGUUAACUUGGGCAACCUCGUGUCCGGUCAGACAUCUCGCUUGUCGUUCAUUCCAGAUCUUCCGCUGUAUCCUCACCUCGCUCGACCAGCUGAUGCUUGGCGACAUGCUUGCUCGAUUAUCUAAUACCAUUGCGGAUGAAGAUACCGAGAUCCAGACAUUCUCUAUGGAGAUCCUGACAACUCUAAAAACCCUCAUUUCGAAGCUCGAGCCGGAGAAACUCAUAUCCUUCCCCCAGUUAUUCUGGACGACAUGUGCGUGUCUGGAUUCGAUUAACGAGGUUGAAUUUCUCGAGGCAAUUGAGAUGCUCGAUGAGUUCUUGGAAAAGCUUGAUUUCCACUCCCCAGGCAUUCGGAAUGCCCUUAUGGAAGGCCAACCUCCAAGGUGGGAGGGUUCCUUCGAAGGCGUCCAACCUUUACUCUAUAAGGGUCUGAGAUCGUCUCUUUGUCUUCAGCCCACACUCAACAUUCUGGAUAAGCUUGUUCAGCUACCAAGCUGUGAUCUUAUCGGAAAUGACAACAGGCUAUUCUUUUCCAUCCUUGGUAACUUUCCACGUUUCUUGCAGGCUAUGGAGCAUGGCCCUAUCGAUGAGGCAACUUUGCAAACCGCGGAAAUCCUGUUUGCGGUAGCCGAGGCGCAAGGGCUGUCUUCGAUAUGCGCGGCUCUGGGAGCUUUUAUGGGGUCGAGAUACGCCUCUAGCAAAGAAUUCAUAGUCCAGCUUCUCGCCGCACUUCGCGAAAUCUUCUUGCCGCAGCUCGAUUUCCAGAUGUUAACAAUGCUAUUAGGUUUCCUUACGAACAGCCUACCUUCGGUGAAGAUCAUGACUAUGAGGCUACUUUGCGUUAUCAUUCCCGAAAUUGAGAUGCGCAAACCCGAAAUUGCUAGUCAUGGUUCUGACUUGAUUUCCCCGCUCUUCCGACUUCUACAGACCGAGUAUUGCAUGGAAGCGCUAGAUGUGCUUGACAAUAUCAUGACCAUGUCUGGCACUCCGAUGGAUAAACAUUACGUCCGUAUGAGCAUGACCAGCGCAGCGUCUAAAGAUAGGAAAGACUAUGAGACAACUCAGAGCCUAUUUGGUAUUCCGGAAGACUCUGGCUGGUCGAUCCCGGUCCCGGCAAAGAAGACGGAGAAUACACGGGCCAAUAUACAUGCUGCGUUCUAUAUGUGUCAGGCAAACCCUGAGGAUGGCGCGGCCACAGACCCAACACCGACACCUGAGGUCGAAUUCCAUGCCGAUGAUUACCGAUAUGGUUAUUUUGAGAUGCCAGAACGAACUGAUACUAUGAUGUCGGAUGAUGUCCAGGGUGAUGGCCAGAUGGCCGACUUGGUAACCAAGUUGGAUAGUCUAGACGACUUCUUCGAUGAUAUGUCACAGACGUCCCCUAGUGAGGGACGAUCAUCAAGAACGGUGACGGAAUUCUCGCCCGAGAGCUACGAGUCCGGUGCUCGCCUCUAUGACGACGUCUUGCCCAUCUUACACCAAGCUUCAACCAAUACGUCGUUCCAAAACGGCUUUGUAGACCGGGUGCCAAUGUCGAAAGAAAUUAAGCCCAACACUAUGAACCCAGGUGCUUUCAAUCCCGCGGCAAUAGCCCGGCCGGGACUGCACUCGCGUUCGAUAACCUCGCCCUCGGCACCGAUGUCGUGGACCCAACCUCAGCUCGGCGAGCUGACUUCCGACGACGAACUAACCGAAGAAGUCUUCUCCGACGGCGACGACGACCGCCCACCGAAUGGCGCGCCGGAGAGCUCGUUUUUCCUGGAGAACAUGAUCAAGCCGAUCGCGCAGACGACGAGGACGCAUAUGCGCCGGCUUACGGGCGGCGGACGACGCGACGCCGAGAGGCAGCGGGAACUGUUCCGUGCGCGCCAGCAGCAGAUCUCGCCGCAGGUGCCCAAGGUGCCGAACUCAUUCCUACCGCAUAAGGGGAGUUCGUCGAAUGGUGAUAUGCUGUAGGCGUCAGGAUAGGAUAUAUGUACCUAAUAUGGGACGAGAGCACGGGCAUGUUGAUCUAUUGAUUACAGGCGCUGGGAGAUACCUAGGUGAUGUAAUUGGCAUUUUACGGGUAACGUAGCGAACGGCCUGAUUUGCGGUGGGGAGUAAGUAGUAUGAUAUCCAUCUUGGUGGGUGUAGGGAGUUGUGUCUCUGGAAAUGUUGUAUAUCUGUCGUGUGUAGAGUAGAGGAAGCUAUUCGUGCGUUUAUAUCGCGACGAAGUGAUGCUCCGUAUAUGAUAUGACUCAUUAUGACCCUUGACUUGGAUGUUUUGGUGAUGAUGUUGGUAUAGAGGAUGAGAAUAAAGUGGAAUAACACAAUAUAUUAACCUAGUACCUAUAA